AAAAUAAAAAAUCAAAAUAUAGUACUAGUAGUGCUGUACUUUGGGAGUAGUCUAUUUUCACAAAUAAUAAUAAUAAAAAAGAAUAUUGAGGGCGACGGCGUCGAAUAAGUUCCCGCCCAAGUGCCGUUUAAGAACUAAUCGCCACAUUAGGCAGCUGAGCUCCACCAUUCACCGCCCACUAAACCACUAAAACCACCCAUCUCCGCCUCGCUCCGCCGUAUUUCCCUACUGGAAAAAUGCUAAUAUCCAUAGUAGAAAGAUCUUUAUUCAAAGACAAAGACGGCGGCGGUGGCGCCGCCACUAAACUCAUCAAGCACCGUUUCCUAGGGUUCUUAAUCUGGCAAGCAAUUCAAUCCACCGUCGUCUUCUUCUUUUCCAAAACCCUACUCCUUUCACUCUUCACUAACACCCCAUUCAAACCCUCAUUACUCACUAUCUCCUCUUUCAUAACCUUCCACUUUUCUCUUCUCAUCUUCUCCACUUCCCUUUUCAUUAUCUCUUCUCCUCGACCUCAUCGCCCCGCUUCCCCUUUCGAGCUUUUACUCGCUGCUGCUCGGCUUAUACUGGUUCCCAUUUCUAAUUCCCAGCCGUUACUGCCGUCCGAUUUUCGGGGAAGGGUUAGGGCUUCGUUCAGUUUCGUGCUGUUUGUGGCGGUGUCUGCGGUGUCAGCGUUGUUGUCUGUGAUUAGUCUGUGUUGGAGCUGCAAUGCUUUUGAUCAAUUGAGGCCGAGGAGGUUGGUGAUAGGGAAGUUAGGGUUUUGGGGUUUGCAGAUUGGGUUGUUCUAUGGAGUGCAUUAUGUAUAUGCAAAACGGUGGGUUUUGCAGUUCCCGAUUAUCCAGCGUCCUCCCUUUUUCAGUUUUAAGAUGGGGCUACCUUUAGCUGUUGAGAAAGCUCUAAAGCUUUCCACUGCUGGUUAUAUGUUUUCAGCUAUCCUUGCAUUUAUUCUACCAUAUGAGUUUAAGGGUCAACUUCCAGUACAAAACUUCAUCACUGAACAGAUUCUCUUCUACAUUGGAAGUUUUGUGGUGAUUCUCUGCUGGGAAUUAUGUCAUCAUUUACACCAGGUGCUACACACAAAGCGGUUCGUCUUUGCCCCUCCAAAAGGUUCUGCAGCUGCUGAAACAAAUCCAAGUGAACCACUUCUUGCUGCAUUGGAGGAGAGCACACCAAAAUCUCUUUUGCAGUAUCUUGCAUACCUUGACCUUUGUAUGGUAUGCGAAGGUAAUGUUGACCCUUGGCGCCGAGCAGCCUUCUUUGAGGAAACUGGUGAGACUUACAAAAGAGUCAUUUCUGUGUGCUUGACCCCUGUUGAACAAUUCACAAGAACUUUGAGUGAAGUUUUGGAAAGCUCUCCUGUUGAUAACUCUUUGCAACUUUCUCAGCAGUUGCGUUCUCCAAAUGAACAGCUUGCCGAUUCAAAGAUUUAUGAAUCAUUUGAUGACUUUCAGCUACUAGCUUGGUGUGCCCGCAUUGUGGCUUCACUAACAGUUCAUUCACACAAGGAGGACAGAUUUGGCGUUGCUCAACUUUCAGGGAGUAAUGCUGCUGUUAUCUCAACAUUGCUAUCGAGUUUAUUAGCUGUUGAAACUCUGAUGGGCAAGAAAACCAACUUACAGUCAUCAAAUACUUUAAUGGAUCCUGCUGGUAUUAAGUGGGCUACGUUAAAUUCAGGUAAGAGAGAUUCAGCAGCAAGCAUUGCAGGAAAAAGAAAAGGAGCCCCCUUUUAUGCAAAAGCAUAUUCGAUGGCUGAUAACCUGAGGACUUCCAUCUAUGGUAUUGUCUCUGCUUUCUACGAUGAGAUGUCGCAUAGUGCCAAGGCAGGAUUGCUUGAGAAAGAUUGGAUCAUCAGUAGUAAGCCACUGUAUGGAACUCGUGAGCUCCUUUCACAGAAAUUGCGACUGUUCCUGGACUUCCAAGCUAGCUAGGGCGGGUUGCACUACAUGGAGGUUGAUUUUGAAGAGGUUGCACUUGUGUUUUGAGGGGGAAGUCUUCACUCAAAAGAGUGUGAGAAGUGGCGCGAGAAAGAAAAGAUUAUAAGUCUACACCAGGUCCACCUGGUGGAUGAUGUUUGGCAUCGGCGCAUUCAGAUCUCAACACAUCCUCUUUUUCAUUUUUAGGUGGGUAAAAGAUUGAGUGGUGGGUUAAAUUUACGGAUAGUUGUCAGUUUUGUGCAUUAGUUGAGGGAUGUUUUAAGUUAGAAUUUCUUCCCUUUGGUAUUAUCACAUAUAUCUUUGGAAUAUUUGAUAGCAUUUAGACAUUCUGUAAGCAUGAGAAUCUUUUGAAAGAGAUUUCUGCAUCUUAUGCAAAGGUGAAAUUGAUAUGCUCA